GUCGGGUGCAUUCCUAUAACAACCUCUCGAGUGCACUUGGCCCUGAUGGUAUUAGUUAUCUCCAGCAUAGUCAACCCGAUACCACAGAGCUCGACGAGCACGGCGGCAUCGCAUCACUCGACGAGCUGACCACAAUGAGAAUACCCCACCCGGACGGCAUAGAUACGCUCGCGGUGUUCAAAUGCGGACGAUCGACAGGAAAGACCCGAGGGGAGCUCAAUCGCAUCCACUCGAGCAUUCGGAUGCGUUAUGAAUUUGACUACGGCGACGAGGUCAUCAUCAAGGGCAAGGGCUUGGUUGUCGUCGCCCCUCCGCAGUAUACCCGAUCGCACGAUGUGUCGAGCUAUUCUGUCGAUCCCUUUGGUCGCAAAGGCGACUCCGGCAGUCUGGUCUUCAAUUACGAGGGCAAAAUCAUCGGCAUCUACAUUGGGGGACAAGAUGACGAUGAUCCGUCUUUCGGGAAACAUUUGGCAAUCAGCGGCAUUCACUUCGUCUCUCCGAUCGGUCCGAACCUCGACGCCAUUCGGGCCGCAGUGCAAGAUGACCCUUCGUUCGGCGGCGCCCCUGUAGACGUCGAGUUCCUGUGGGGUCAUGGUUCCGUCGAUGGCCAUGCGGAGGUCUAGGGGCUGCUGGGUUUGCAGCUGUGUUAUCAUGCGUAAAGUCUACAGUAGUACCAGGUAGAUAAUGAAUAAAGACCGUCAUCCUUACCAUUCUCUCUCAACUACGACCUCCGUAUCCUCGCCGCCAUUUCGGGGUUGCAUUAUACUCCCGAACAAUUGGACUUGCGGUUCUAGCGCGGAGACUGAUUAAUUAGAUCCUCAUCCAUUACCUUCCCGAAAGAUUUGGCGCUUCUAUAUCGACUGUCAUUUUCUUCUAACUUUGCUCAAAACGCACGACCCGG